AUGGAAACACUGGGCAUGUUUCAUUCGCAAUCUAUUAUUUUCGAAGAAAGAAACAAGAUGAAUCUAGUGGAAUUCUGUCGUGGAAUGAGAAUUGAUAUCGAGCCCAAUAAUGAUUCACAAGACGGUGUCUCUGCUUUGUAUAAAAGUUUAACGCAGGGGAUUUUGUAUUGCACCCAACAUAACUUUCAAUUUGAUUCGGCAACUUGUCAGAAAUUUAACGAUGUUUUCCUUGAAAUUGUUUCCAAAAUGACGGACAUAAUUUCAAUGAAAGGCAGAAAAGUACAAGAUCACGGUGAUUUGUGGUCUAAUAACAUGAUGUUUAAAUAUGACAAUGGGAAACCUGUAAAAUGCUGUUUUAUUGACUUUCAGACUACACGAUACACUUCACCAGCUCGUGAUAUUUUGAUUUUCCUCUAUUACACAACCACAAGAGCUUUUCGCAUUGAGAAUAGUGAAAAAUUGUUGAAAAUUUAUUAUGAUUCUUUGGCAAAAUGUUUAGAGGAAGUGAAUAUGGAUAUUUGGAAAAUAUAUCCUUGGGAAGAAUUUUUAGAAUCGAUUGCAAAUUUUAAGCUUUACAGCUUGAUACGAGUUAUUUAUAUUUUACCGAUUGCUUUCAGUGAUCUCAAGACGAAAGAUGAAGAGUCUGAUUCAGGUUCAGAAAUUUGGGACCGUUUACUGAGUCACCCAUUUACUGCCUUAUCCAACCAACUCGUGGAAAAUGAGAGAUUAAAAACUAAGUUGCUGGAUCUUUUGUUAGAUCUUCAAGAUCUUUUAUAAAUUCGAUGCAACUGUUGUAUAUUCUAUUUGUAUUUUUCAUAUAGUAAUUAAAUUUAUAUUGAAAUUUUCUAAUGCACAUUUCUGAUUUCAACAAAAAAAUAGUAUAUUUAUGAACGGAAAUAUUUAAGAUGGAAGAAGCUGAUGGCGAUGACAGUUGACUGAUGGCUUAGGGUUUCUCGAUUGAGUCUCAAAGUUCAAUAUCAAUAACAACGCGAGUCAGAUCGACGUCGGGAAUUUCUUUUCCAGUUCGUAAACUCUUAUCGCUCAUCACUUACAAUGAAACAUCAUUCUCAUAAAUUCUUCUUCAUCUUCUUUUUUCCUUUUAUCUCCUUCUACUCCAGAAAUGCUUGUAAAUUUUAUAUUUCCCUGUAAUCUGUUUUUUACUUUCAUUGCAAGAAAAUUGAUUAAAUUUUAGUUUCAUAAUGCAUUGUUGUAAAUUUUGUUACAUUUUAUUAUAUAAAUUUCCAAAAAUUACUUUCAAAAUAACUACCUCAAAUUUAGAUAAAAGAAUAAAGUUUUUUCUUCAUUUUAAACACUUAUUAAAGAUUCGACGACUGGCUGUAUAAUAGUAUAGAAUGUGGUUUUCGGCAGGAUUCCAAAAAUGUUCCUGAGGAAGGAGCCAAACGCUUUUCAGUCCCUAAUUCGUUUCUUCGUGUUGAAUCCUCGGUCAAUAAUUUGUUCCUUUGUCGACGAAAUUUAAGAUAUAAUCUUCCUCCUUUUAUUAAGGCCUUUUUCUCCCCCAUGGCUGUGUACCAACGUGAUGACAUUUUCCUCAUAAAUUAAUAAUUUUAUUAUGUUUUCAUUAGUAGAUGAGAAGGAAAUUUAAAUUCUCGGAUGAAAAA